CGCGCAUAGACGUUAUUUAGCAAGUGCAGUCAGUGAAGUCGCCUUACAUUUUUUAGUUUCUUCGUUGGAUUUUAGUUUUUUUUCUCACAAAAUGGCCACAAAGCAGAAAAAGAAAUCGACUUGCAGCAAAACGUCUUUAUCUGCGAGCUCGACAGAUGUAUUCACUCCCUCUGACAGCUCAGUAAGUGUGGGGGAAUCCAAAUUUCUCCUUUGGCCUGAGUGGAGUGAUGCCGUAGUCAAUCGAGAGGAAUGGGACUUGAGUAAACGACUCAAACCAUCUUUUAAAGAUCCAGGGGGGAAACUUUCCCUACCUCCAUCUUUGAAGGUGCACUCCUGGAAGCGCCCUACAGAGUUCAUCAUUGGCAAGGACCCCACUGUUGUUGAAAACCAAAUGACCUUUGACCUACUCUCCCCCAAUGAUCACCUGAUUUGUUGUGAGCUUAUAAGGUCCAUCAUCAAUGAGAUUGAUAUUGUUUGGAUGUCAUGUAACUGCACAUCUACACCACAAGAUGGCUGGAGACCUUGGGAGCACAUCUACUCACUAUCUAAAGCAGAGAAAGGUCACGUUCCUCUGUACAACAGAUAUGGGAAAUAUAUGGUCAGACUUUACUGGAUGGGUUCUUGGAGAAAUAUAACCAUAGAUGAUUCCAUGCCUUUUGAUAAGGAUAAUAACUUGCUACUCCCUGCAUCUACUUGUCAGUCAGAGCUCUGGCCAAUGCUGUUGGCUAAAGCUCUAAUCAAAGUGGCUUGUACAAAUGGAGUGACUGAAGUCGGCAAGGAGAUGGGUGAAUUCACCUUUAUCCACCUCCUCACUGGCUGGAUCCCAGAAAUCACUCCUAUAAAGUCAGUGGACUCUAGUAAAAUCUGGGAUCUCUUGCAAGACAUCAUUCCUAAAUUUAAACACCAGGAUGAGAGUUUGCCUAUGACGAACCCUAAGAUUGCAGAUACAGCUGCAGGCAUUGAUUCCACUAAAAGUGACAAUGAGAGUCUUCUGCCAGAGCCAAAUGACAGUUUCUCAGGCACUCCUGAAAUAGUGGUGUGUGCCAGCUUCCAUUGGGUUCAACAACCUAAACGUCCCAUUAGUUUGACCAAAGCAGAUUCCUCCGAAAUUCUGCGUCGUUAUGGCUUAUACAUGCUGUAUAGCCAUGUUGUCAGGCUGACUAGAACCCGAACGUGCCCACUGGUGGCACCACCCAAGCCUCCACCUGUGCCCCGAUGGAAACUCAUCCGUCCGCGCAGGAAGGUUAAGGUCUCUUCUGAACCUAAAAAGAUCUCGCUGCCAAAACCAGAUCAGUUCAUUGAGGUUACCAGCCCUUUUGUCGCCUACCCUUUCAAGACCAGCAGGGGCUCUAUCCCAGAGCUAGGGGCUAAGAAAAAGGCUCCAGGGAAGCAUAUCCAUGGAUGCCCUCUGAUGUCCAUUGAUGAAGAAGAGGUUACAACAAAGGGUAAGAAGAAGGACAAUGACAUCUCAAUUGACAGGCCCCCAACUGCAAAGAAAAAGCCUGUUGCAGAGGAAUCCCCAGCUGUUGUCAAACCCAUACUGCAGAAGACAUGGGUGGACCUUGAUGACUUUGCAAAAAGCUUUCAGACUCUCUUGAUCUUCCAUAAACCACAUAUCUACCCAUAUCAUAUCAAGACAUCACAUUUAAAGAGCACCAUCCUACCCACUGUUUCGGGAGGCGUCAACUGCUCUGGCUCAUCUACACAUUCCCUCACGGCUGGAUCCCUGAUUGUAGCAAGCCCUGAGUGUCCAGAAGUCAGAGCCCCUCACUACUUGUGUGUAGACAGCACGCAACCUUCACAGAUUCUGAUCAGCUUUUCUGCUCUUCAAAGCUGGGAAGAUACAACUGAGAAGAACCUUAUAGGAAAGAAAACGUUGGGAAAAAGGCAUCCAGAGCUAAUCGUCCAGCCACACUCAUGGACAAGGCUGGAAUCUCAGCCUGCACUUCUCGUGAUCAGGGCCAACUACUCUAAGGCAGCUGUGCUUAAUCUUCCCACAGGGCGGCAUGUACUGCGCAUCUACCCAAAUGCAGAGCUGGGCUACAAUGUCCACCUUUGCAGCAAGACACCAUUCCACUUUGGUGAUGAAAACACUAUCAUGCCACACCUCACAAAGGAAAGCGCUCGCUUCACUGAGCAGGCCUUGUCCGUAUUUGGAGCCCUGUCCAAGGUGGUGACUUCCUUUGGGGAUGAGCAAGAGUUGCCAGCACUCAGGAAGACACUGGAAGACACAGUCUGUCCCCAGCAUAUUGACACCAUGACACCAUACUACCGCAAGGUGUUUAACUUGGCAGUUUUUCAAAUGGUGUGCAAGGCCCUGGGCAGAAAGCUGACAGCAGAGGAGCAGUUUGCUGUGCAGGCUCUCACUAUUAACGCCUCACUAUUGACCUCCGACCCAGAGGCACAGACCCAAACAUUAGCAGAAGGCACAGAAUUACAACCACCAGAAAACUGGAAAGACAAGCCGCCAACAGACCAGGAGGUCAAUGCAAGCAUCAUUCAGCAAAGUGGAUUCAUAGGGCACUUGGUACCAGAGAUCCUUAAUGCUGCAAAACCUGGAACGAAAGAGAACCUUCACGCAUCUCGCAUCCUUUCAGACAUAUGGCCAAAGAUUGAAGCAAAUGUGGACAAACAUGCUGCCUUCUUGCUAUGGUAUAUCAUUGAACAUUCUGCAGAGAAAGCAGAGUUAUAUCCUUGUGUACAGGAUGAAUCGACCAGAAUCACCUUUGCUGAUUACUCCGUCACUCUGCCAAAGACGACUACCUGCUGGUUUUUGGUCUUUAGACAAGUCUUCGAUGUUCCUAAGGAGAUGCUGCUGGCACCAAUGGUCUUCUCCCCAAUUCGUAAUUUUCUUCUGCAUGUCAUAAAUAAUGAUACAGGGAAGGAGACAGACAGGGUCUUUAACAGGGUGGUGCCACGUGUCUAUCAACCCAAUAAGCGUGGUUAUACCUUUCUAGGAGAGGUUUUUACACCCGAUGUCCUCCCUGCUGAAGACGAGUGGAGGUUGCGCUUGAUUGGCUUAAAGGAACCACUUCCAAGUGUGUCCAGUGAGACUCCACUUAAUGUUUUCUCAGUGAAGGAAUUCCAAGAUUAUUACAUUCCCAAUGAUGAAGAUCUCAUAUGUCGUUACUGUGUUCAGGUGAACACAACAGAGGUCCUGGGAACAAUUCAGUUCCAAACUUCAAACCAAGAUGUAUUUGUACGUCUGUCUGUUCUGGACCAGAAGACGGAAGUUGCUGCAAACACUGGACAGGGCCAUGUGAUAAUUCCUGUGUUCUACUUCCUGGCCAACAAAGAUGUCCGGUGCACAGAUAAGAAAAACCAGGAAGUGUCCUCCACUCAGGGUCAUACGUAUGUGGUGCAGGCAGAGGUGCUCCAUAAGAGCUGGGAUUUGGAUGAAUCGCAGCUAGCUUUUGUCCAAAACCUUAAACUGAAGGAGGAGCAGCAGAUGGCAGUAUUCAAGCCUGAAGAUUUGAAGCCUUCAUCCAUUUCUGACAUACCAAGCCAUGAUAGUCCCACGUCCAGGGAAAUGAGCCUUGACCUAACUAAGGCAAACUGGAAACUACGCGUUGUCAUUGAUGAGAGCAAAGCAGAGCAUGUUGAGGUGAAAAAGGACACAGAGAAAAUUGACAAGAUAAAAAGCAUUAAAAUGAGCUGGGAAAUGGCUGACCCAGGACGCCAUAUCAGGGCUCAGCAGUCUCGUAUGCGGCACCUUGAACAAAUGCAACGUAAAGAAAAUGAUGCAGCUACUUCAGAUGAAAGCAAAGACCCUGAUCCUUCCAGAUCUGCUUCAGCUACAGGUCUCACUCCAUCCAGCAAAGAACUGAAUGACAACCUCUGCUUUCUUGACAGAAAGUUCCCUCACCUCAUCAGACGUACUAAGGAUACCCCAGAGCUGAUGGAUGCGCAGAGAGAGGUGGCCAAGCAGAAUGAGCGCCUUGAAAAGAGACGGCUUUACGAGUUGUCUCGUGAAAAUGUACUGAAGCAGUUUGAACAGCUGGCAUUAAAUCAUAAGGAGCUACAGCAGUAUCAAGUCGGGGUUUCUGAGAGUAUAAAGGCCCAGGCACGAAAAAAUGAAGACAAUUUGCAACGUCUUUACAAACAAUUCACUGGCCAUAAGUUUACUUUUCUGAGAGAGAAUUCAGCUGUGGAGAAGGUCCAGCCUGAGGAUGUAGAAAAACCCUCCACUGCUCAGCAACCCAGAAAAAGUGCUGGAAAGAAGGAAUGAUUGUCAUUGGUACUGGCAUCCUGUCUUGGUUCGUCAUAAAGCUGACAUUUGUUAAUUUAAUCAGAAUCAGUUCUUGUACUUUGUUCGGUAAAACUAGACCAAAUGUUUGAAUGCAUAGUUUAGAGUUCUUAUGACUAUAAACACAAAUUGAAUGUGUUUGUCAUUGUUUAAAAUGUUCAAUAUGCAUAUUCCAAUGCAUGCUUAUUCAUUUUUCCAUUAUACCACUUUGCAAUAACUUUUAAGCUUUUGUUUUCUGUAUAUUGUCCUGUAUGCAUGUAUUUUUUUUUUAGGAAACCUCAAACUGGAAUUCAAGUUAUGUGGAAUUUGGGACACAACAGCUGGUUUGACUGUUGCCUGUAAUGACAAAGCAGAGUAAAGUUUGCAGUUUGACACUGUAUUGCAAGUACAUGCACUGAGAAUAGAUUUUUGGAGACGGAGGACCUAUUGUCUUUACAGUAAUUAAAUUUGAGAACUUGCUUAUUUAUAUCUUAGUAAAUGUUUAUUAAAUAUAUAUAUUUUUUAUUAAUGUUUUAGAAAACAAAGAUCUAGCAGAAGUAUUUAAUGUUAAAAUAUUUGUGUAUGUUCUCAGACUUUCCUUGAGAGGAUCUUUAACAUUAUACAGUUAUGUACAGAUGAACUGAUUGUUACAUGCUGUGUGUGGUCACUUCCUUUUAUUACAGAGACUUAUUGUGUUGGUGUUCCUUAUUAAAUUCUCCUUAUCUUUUGCUUUCUUGAA